AUGAUGACCGCCAAGGCGGUAGACAAGAUCCCAGUGACCCUCGGUGGGUUCGUGCACCAGCUCCCCGAGGGCAUUUACCCCGCGGAUGACAUCUCCGCCGGGCUGCCAACUUCAGUCGCGAUCUUCCCCAAUGCCGACCUGGCAGGACCGUUCGACCAGAUGAGCGGUGUAGCAGGAGACGGCAUGAUCAACGUGGACAUGGGCGACAAGCGGGCCCUGGACCUGCCCUACGGUGGCGGCUUCGCGCCCAACGCCCCGGGUUCUCGCAAUCAGACCUUCACCUACAUGGGCAAAUUCUCCAUUGACCCGCAGUACCCUGGCGCCGGUUGCUACCCCGAGGGCAUCAUCAACAUCGUGAGCGCGGGGAUCCUGCAGGGGGUCAGCACGCCCUCCUCCGCCGCCUCCUCCGCCGCCUCCUCGGCCACUGCCGCCUCCGCCACCUCCCCCAACCCGCUGGCCGGGGCCCUCAGCUGCACCAUGGCACAGAGCCAGCCAGCCGACCUGGAGCAUCUCUACUCGCCGCCGCCCUACUCGGGCUGCGGUGACCUGUACCCGCAAGACCCCUCCUCGGCUUUCCUGCCCGCCGCCGGCGGCGGGGCACUGCCUUUUCCCCCGCCUCCCUCCUACCCCUCACCGAAGGCAGCGACGGCCGACGGCGGGCUCUUCACCAUGAUCCCCGAGUACGGCGGCUUCUUCCCGCCGCCUCAGUGCCAGCGAGAGCUCCACGCCGGCCCAGACCGCAAGCCCUUCCCCUGCCCCCUCGACUCGCUCCGCGUCCCACCGCCCCUCACGCCGCUUUCCACCAUCCGCAACUUCACGAUGGGGGCGCCCCCGGCGGGCGCCGCCCCCGGCAGUGCUCCCGGCAGCAGCAGCAGCGGCGGCGAGGGUGCGGGCGCCCGGCUGCCCGCCGGCGCCUACAGCCCGCACCAUCUGCCGCUGCGGCCCAUUCUGCGGCCCCGCAAGUACCCCAAUCGGCCCAGCAAGACGCCGGUCCACGAGCGGCCUUACCCGUGCCCCGCCGAGGGUUGCGACCGCCGUUUCUCCCGCUCCGACGAGCUCACCCGGCAUAUCCGCAUCCACACGGGUCACAAGCCCUUCCAGUGCCGUAUCUGCAUGCGGAACUUCAGCCGCAGCGACCACCUCACCACCCACAUCCGCACGCACACGGGCGAGAAACCUUUCGCCUGCGACUUCUGCGGCAGGAAGUUCGCCCGCUCCGACGAGAGGAAGCGGCACACCAAGAUUCACCUGCGCCAGAAGGAACGGAAAGGAGCCGCCGCCGCCGCUGGCGGAUGCCCGCAAUCCGCCGGUGGCACCGGCACCGCCGCCCUGGCCCCCUGCGCGGCGCGAACGCGGACGCCCUGA